GGCUGUGGGACAAACCACUGGGUUCUUCAGAGGAUAAGCCACCUUCCCAAAGGACGUGCUGUUGGUUGAACAAGUUGCUGUCAGUAAACGUUUGAGGCCUGUCUGUCCGACCUUCGGCAAAGACCAUGGUCUCUUGGGCCAACGUCGCUGGGCUGUCAGCCUGGGCCUUGCAGCCACACUGGAUGCAAGUCCAAAAUACAGCAACUUUGAAAGACAUUACCAGGCGACUAAAGUCAAUUAAAAACAUCCAGAAAAUUACCCAGUCUAUGAAAGUGGUAGCAGCAGCAAAAUAUGCCCAAGCCGAGAGGGAGCUGAAUGCGGCUCACAUUCAUGGAAGAGGAUCUUUUGUGCUGUGUGAAAAAGCUGGUAUUAAGGUCCCUGAGGACAAAAAGAAGCGCCUUCUCAUCGGUGUGUCCUCGGAGCGAGGGCUUUACAGUGCUGUUCAUUCCUCAGUCGCUAACCAGAUAAAGAAUGAGGUGGCCACACUAGCGGCAGCUGGAGAAGAGGUUAUGCUAGCUGGAAUUAGGGAUGAAAUUAAGGGCAUACUUUCCAGGACGCAUUCUGACCAGUUUUUGGUGACCUUCAAGGAUGUGGGAAGAAAGCCCACUACUUUUGGAGAUGCAUCCAUCAUUGCUCUAGAAUUAUUCAGUUUUGGAUAUGAGUUUGAUGAGGGCUCUGCCAUCUUUCAUCAAUUCAGGUCUGUUAUCUGCUAUAAAAGAGAAGGAAAACCCAUCUUUUCUCUUCAUACCAUUGCAAACACUGAGAGCAUAAGCAUCUGUGAUGACAUUGGUGCUGAUGUGCUGCAGAAUGACCCAGAGUACAGUCCGGCCAAUAUCCUCUGCUACCCCCUGAAGGAAUCCACCACCAGCAGCGAGCAAAGCGCCAGGACGAUGGCGAUGGACAACGCCAGCAGGAACGCUUCCGAGAUGAUUGAUAAUCGACUCCGACAUUCAAUCGCACGCGCCAAGCCGUCAUUACCAAAGAGUUGACUGAAAUCAUCUCUGGUGCAGCAGCUCUGGAUUAAUGAAAACCGAGUUCCACCCUCAGACAAGAGGUCUGAGGAAAAUUCAGCAAGCUGAUUUUGGUCAGAGCUUACUACUGUCUUUGUCAGAAGAAAUGUGAUCCAUUGUUUGAGUGA